CGAAGAAAUGUCAACAAUGUUCAAAAUAUUGCAAUUAAGAAUUAAUAGUGGUUGCGGAAAGAGAUUAUUAGGCACAUUAGCAGCAAAAGAAGCAGGACAUUAUGAUGUAAUAAUUGGAGGUGGAGGUCUCGUGGGAACAUCUUUAUUAGUCUCAUUAGCAAAAAAUGAAACAUUAUGCAAUAAAAAGAUAUUAAUGCUGGAAGGAGCUUCAGAAUAUAAGCCACAAUCAAGGAGCAAAUUUAGCAAUAGAGUAUCAGCAAUUAAUAAACAAUCAGUUCAACUGUUGAAAUCAGUAAAUGCUUGGGACUUUAUUGAAUCUAUUCGAUACAAACCUGUAAUGGAAAUGCAGGUUUGGGAUGCUAUCUCGGGAGAAUCCAUCAAUUUUAACCAUCCAAAUUUUAGUGACAGUGUAGCUUGUAUUGUUGAAAAUGACUUGAUGUUGGAAGGAAUGUAUCGUCAGCUCAAUGAUUUACUUAAUGUGAGAAUUAUGAAUGAGGCCAAAAUUGAUUAUUGUCUAUUACCAAAGGAUGGAGCUGAAAAGAGUGAAGUGACAUUAAAGUCUGGAGAAAAAUUUACGUGUGAUUUAUUGGUCGGUGCAGAUGGAUUCAACUCUACAAUUCGUAAGGCAAUGGAUGUUAAUAACUAUACAGUAAUGUAUAAACAAAUGGGCGUAGUAGCAACAUUAGAACUUGAUACAAGCGAAUAUUCAGGAAACACAAUUGCAUGGCAAAAAUUUCUUUCUACAGGUCCAGUCGCACUUUUGCCAUUGACUGAUAAUUUAAGUUCACUUGUAUGGACGACAACGUACGAUCAUGCCAGAGAGCUUUUGAAAAUGGAUCCGAGUGAAUUUGUUAAUGCUCUUAAUGAAGCUUUUUCGAAAGAUUAUCGAAAGAGUUCUGUCGUCAAUAACGUGAUGAAAUUUGUUGAUACAGUUUCUCCUUUCAAAUCAAAUCAAAUGCUUCUUAUGCCACCAAAAGUACUAAACGUUCAAGACGGUUCACGUGCUCAGUUUCCUUUGGGCUUUGGACAUGCAUCAUCUUAUGCUUGUAAAGGUGCGGUAGUAAUUGGGGAUGCUGCACAUAGAGUUCAUCCAAUGGCUGGUCAAGGAGUCAAUUUAGGAUAUGGAGAUGUUCUGAAACUUACAGAAGUAUUAUCAGAAGCAACAUACAACGGCAGUAAUUUAAAUGAUAUUCAAUACCUUUUGAAAUACGAACAAGAACGAUUAAAAGCAAAUCUACCAAUCAUGUUAGGUGUACAUGCUCUGCAACGAAUCUAUUGUAAUGAUUUUACACCUUUAGUUUUGGCCAGAAGUCUUGGCGUUAAAUUCACAAACUCUGUCCCACCACUCAAAAGAUUUUUUAUGGAGAGAGCAAUGGCAUAAACUUACUGAAUAAAAAUAUCUAAUUCUUUGAUACUAAUUUUUGAC